UUUCAGUGCGUUUCCCUAAGAAUUUAUUUUAGAAUUUUCCUUUAUCUAUCGAAUUAUAAUUAACGAUGUAAAAUAUAAAUAUUUUAAUGUUUAGUUAAAAUUAGAAAGAAAAGAUUUUGAAAGCGCACUGAAAUAAGCAGCCAUUCGCCCGGUAAUACUUGUGCUAUAUAAUCUAAAUUUAGAUUUCGAUAUAUCGCAAAUAAUACCGACCCAGGUCUCACCACGUGGAGGUUGCUGCUUCUGAAGACCCAUGGGCUGUCGGAUGACUCUACUUUAAAAUCCGCGUUCACGUGAUGAUUUUCUAAUCGAAAAUUCGUACAAUAUAACGCAAUCCACGAUAGGAUUUUUAAUUGCGCUCGCGAACACCCACGCACUCGGAAUAUACACAUGACUGUUUUCCCUAUCCUACACGUAUUCCCGUGUAAAAAUCGAUGAUAAAACCGUACGAGAAUACAUCAUAUUUACUCGAUGAUACAUUCUUUAAGUCUUCAUUGAAAUUUGCACGAUGAACGAAAAGAAAAAAAAUUUUGUCUCAAGAUGAUGAAGUCCAUUUUUUUUUUUGCUAAUAUUAUUAUUGAAAGCAAUAACUUUGGGUUCAAAGUUUAAAUUGCUUGUUACCAAGCUAUGUUAUGUUUAAAUAAAAUUGAUUAUUAUUUAAAUUUUAAUUAGUUACACUCCUCGUACGUCAUAAAUUUUUUAAAUAAUUCUAAAAUUAUCGAUAAUAUUAAUUAUUUAAUUCUAUCCGUUUAGAAAGAGAGAAUUUCGAUGUUUAGUCGUCGAAAUGUAAAACGAAACUAACUCAAUAACUAUUAAAGUUAUUGUAUUCGUUUGCUUCUUGAUGACGUUACUUGCGAACAACGAGUCUUAAAUUGAAACCUUUUGAAAUAUUCAAUUAAAAUUAUUUUGUAUUUAAUAUUACAUAAACAUUCGACAGUUUAUGAAUACACAUGGAAUUUCUAUAUGAUUCUAAACGUUUAAACAAAUUUCGAGUUUCACAAAUUCAAUUGUGAAAGAACGUAGAGAUUUGUUUCGGCAUAUUCUUCUUUCAAAAAACGUAUAGCUUUUAAGAUAUUUUAUAGAAUUUUUGUACUCAAAUCAAGAGACAUUUCGAAUAAAAAUGUUAAAAAUAAUUGAUCAUUGGCAUUAUAAAUAUCUUAAUUAGAUUUAUUGCAAACUUUAGAUUAAUCCAAAAUACUUUCUUUAUCAACGAUCAAAUCAUUUUCUACAUUACCAACAAAAUUGAUUAUUGUAAUAUACCUUAUUGCUGAAGUUUGUACAAAUUUGAAGAUUUAAAAUUAAUAAUUUAUACCGUAAAGUUACAUUUUGAAUUCGUACAAUUAUUAUAACAAAUAUGUACAAACGACGAGUCAAUCGAUUAUUCGAUUAUUUUUACUGAUUAUUGAUGCAUAAUUAUUGAUUAAUUUCAAAAUGAGAACAAAUUCGUAUUUGAGAAUAAAAUUUAUAUGUUAGAUAUUUGAAGUAAAAAAGUAAUAAAUUUUUUUCAUUUUCAAUUGUGCUGCCAUCGUAUUACGAAGAAAAUGAACAAUACGGUUGUGUACAUCGGGUUGUAUAAUCGAAGGAACUGAAUGUAAUAUUACAGUCAUAAAAAAAAAAAAAAAAACCACAGCGAGUCCAUUGAUAAUAUUUAACGCUGAUAAAUAAUCUUUCAUCUAUUUAAAAAAAAUUGUUGAAUUAGAAAAGUCAUUGAAAUAAACAUGAUAAAAGAUACGAUAAAAUCAAUAGAAUGUGUUAUUCAACAAAGCAAGAACUAAGAAGUACAUAUUUAACUAUAUACUUCUUCAUGAAUGGAUAAUGAUACUUCAUUGGUAUGUUAGCAAAAGCAAUUUUGUACAUUGUCAGCUAAAAGAACGAACCUUGCAGCUCUUCUAACGUGACAUACGUACGGAAGAAUGUAUUCAAUGCUUUCAUUUUUUUUACUUACUAUAGCAAAGUAAAUGAAUAAAAUAAAUAUUAAAAUAUUAUGCAAAUUAAAACGAUAAGAAUAAUGAAUUUCUUAGACAUUACACAAUUCUUUAAAAUCUUUGUUUUCUUAUCCAUAUCGUUUAAGGGGAGGGAGAGAAAGAGAGGAGAGAGAGAGAGAGAGAGAGAGAGAGAGAAAGAGAGAAAGAGAUAGUGUUUAUCCGUAAACCUGUUGAAACGCACCUGUCGUUCAGGUAAACCAGUGGUGCGCAAAUUAUUUAUAGAUGUUAGAGUAAUUUUAGAUAAUUCUUAAUAUAUUUUCUUCAUUACAUUAGUAAAUAUAAUUUUAUUUUUAUUAAAAAAGAAAAAAAAAAGAAAAAGAAAAAGAAAAAAAUUAAAAAUUAACACUUUUGAAUUUAAUUAUUAUUAUAGAUAAAAAUUUAUAAAAAUUUAUCAAUUAUUGUAUCCCUAAAAGUGAUCGUAAUUGAUAGUUUGUGCAUCACUGAAGCAAAGGGCUAUCUUCUAUUCUACAAUUUAGUCAAAAUGGUGGGGUAAAAUUAAAAAUAGUAGUGGGAGUAGAAUAGUGCGUAUAAGCGACGAGCAAAAGCAAAGAUUACAAGCAGUUCAGUCUACUUUUAUUGCUGAAGAAGCUCGCAGCUGCUAACAGCAUGCUUUCGAACAAGAUUAUCACGUGUCUUCUUGUCUUAUUUCUAUUUAAUCAUAGUUAUGGAAUACGACGUUCUAAAUGUCAAAAUAAAAUAGAAGAUCCAAACUACUUCGACGUUUUAAUUUUCACUCAACACUGGCCGCAAACGGUGUGUUACUUAUGGAAGGAAAAGUCAGAGUCGCAUGCCUGCGCAUUGCCCAAGGACGACGAAUGGUCGAUUCAUGGUAUAUGGCCAACGAAGUAUCAUACCGACGGUCCAAAUUUCUGUAACAAUUCUUUGCCAUUUAACGCGAAUACUUUGACGCCAAUAAAAAGUGAAUUGGAAACAAAAUGGAUCGAUGUACAAAAUGAAAAGGAUACGUAUUCCCUUUGGCGCCACGAAUGGAACAAACACGGUACUUGUGCUAUUGUACUUCCAGCUUUGAACAGUGAACUUAAAUAUUUUCAAAAGGGACUUGAACUAUUGGACAUUUAUGAUAUGAAACAUGUUCUUGGGAAAAUAAAUAUCGUACCUGGUCGCAGUUAUGCGAUAGAAGAUAUAUCGAAUGGAAUAAAGAAAAUUAUAGGUAAAACAGCAGAAAUAGUGUGUGCUCAUAACGAGGAAAAAGAGGAAGAAUAUAUUUAUGAAAUUCGAAUAUGCUUCGAUAAAACAUUAAAAUUGGUCGAUUGCGAUGGCAUUAAUGGAUUCCCUGCUAGUACUUGUAGAGAUUCUACGCAAGUAAUAUAUCCUGGUAUUGUACCAUCAUAUUAUAAUGUGAUACAAAUAUAGAAUUAAUUUUUGCUAAGUAUAUAGCAAUUUUUAAAAACGAAAAUCUUCGAAAAUUGUGAAUGGAACUGUUAUAAUACAAAAAUGGAAAUUCAGCCUAAACUGUAACUUAGAAACUAUUAUUUAAAAUUUUUUUUAAUAUGUAUAUAUAUAUAUAUAUAUAUAUAUAUAUAUAUAUAUAUAUACCAUAUAUAUGAUCAU